AAGUAAAGCACAAGCAAUCAUACUAAAGGGAGCCUAAAGUAUACAAGUUGUCGCGAAAAGAAAUGACAAGAAAUGGGCCUCCAAACAGGCCCAGCCAUCCAUCCUCGGGCAUCAAAGGACUGUGUGAGACGCGGAGGAAUCGAUGUGGGAAAAUGCCUUCCAUUGGAAUGGACUCCACUUCGCUUCUUCAUUAAGAAUUUCAAUCGAGAAAAAGAAAAUCGAGAGACACAGAGAGAGAGAAAUUCGGAUUACCUUUAUAAAUUUCAUCGACGCGGCAGAGUGAUCAGAAUGCGCUCCUUCCCACCAAAUUCCUCUCCUAUUCUUCCUCCGCUGCUCCUCUUCUUUGUCGUCUCCGCUGCGAUCGCCACCAUGACCGACUCCGUUCCUUCCGCCGCCGCCCAGCCGGCUUCCGCCGCUGUUCACAUCGUCUACACCGAGAGGCCGGAGGGGAAUGAAGAGCCGGAGGCCUAUCACAUCCGAACCCUCGCCUCCGUCCUCGGCAGCGAGCAGGCUGCGAAGGAUGCUAUGCUGUACAGUUACAAGACGGCUGCGUCUGGCUUCUCAGCUAAGCUUACUCCAGAGCAGGUCGAGCAGAUCUCAAGACAACCCGGUGUACUUCAGGUUGUCCCGAGCAGGACUGUCCAGCUGCAUUCUGGACCGGGGAAGCUCCACUAGAGGACUUGCCAAAGCAAUAUAUAUCACCUGAUAAAUGUGUAACCUAUGAGUGGAUUGUUUUUCUCUUACUGCAUUAGCAAACGUCUUCUAUGCACUUACUACAUAUGGUAUAUGGCCUGUAAAAACACAGUUUAUGUUUUAAACACAGUUUAUGAAUUACUACAUAUGUGUUCCUGCCCCUCAGUCUAAACCUAUAUGCACACGUUUCCCAACUAAAAUACCUAAUAUGUAAACGAACAUGUUAUUGGACCAAACUCCUUUAUAUAAAAUAAAGGGUUAAGCAAAAGAUUUGAUGAAAAAUUUAAAUCCACCAAAAUUCCACAAAACAACUUGUUGCUUUCUAAUAUUUGCUUUAUUCCUCGUUUCUUUUCCAGCCUUUUCCAUUUAUGUUUGCCCUUUUUUGCUUUGCUUUCCACUCGUCUCCAUUCCCAUUUGUGUCUUCUAUUCUUCCUCUAUUUGUGAGAUGGAUGGUUCUAGCUCUAGUUUCUUUUCUAUUCUUCAGAUUUAGAAACUAGUGUAUUUUUUAUCAGUAGGCAAAGGGUUGCUAAUGUUCACUUUAAAGUACAUAGGGUUUAUGUGGCCUUCUCUCAUGUUGGACAACUUAUUUGCUAGUUAUUUGAUCUUUUUCUUUUGCAGAUGGGUUGUUAAUGUUCACUUUGAAGUUUGAAGUACAUAUGGUUUAUGUGAGCUUCCCUUAUGUUGGGCUUCUUAUUUGCUGGCUGCAUGAUCUUUUUCUUUUGUUGAUGGAUUGAACCCAUUGUUUGGACCUUAAUAUUUCUUAUUUAUCUUUUGUUGCCUUUCUUGGGUGUUUUUUAUCCAACUUUGCUUCACUACUGAAGUGCAAGCAGUUUCUUUGUAAAAAAGGUAAUGAUUAUUUAUUAAUCAAACCUUUUUUAGAUUUUUUUUAUUGGCAAACUUAUCGAAAUAUUAAGAACUAGCCAAACAUUUUGUAACACGUUCAAGUAGUAGCUAUUAAUUCGUUACCGUUAACUAUUUUUAACGGUGCUCCACCUCAGUGUCGAACUCAGCUGUCACCUUAUCAAUGAAUAAAAUAAAAUUGG